UACUAUUUAUUAUUGCUAUUUUUAAAUUAUUUUCUUAAAUUUUUACCUUAUUAUUUAUUAUACUCGUGACUAUUUUUGUUACAUAUAUUAUUAUAAAAUUAUAAUAAUCAAGGUAAUACGAUUUCUUGUCAAACAAAAUCAAGAUUUGCAUAAAGGUGGUCACGUUUGGAGAUUCUGAAUAGUUGUUUCGCUGGAGGUGUUGAAAUAGCCUUCUCCAACAGCUCACUUCGUUUCACAUUCCAAACAGAUAGAUAAUGGCAACUUUCUUGGACAAGGCAGCUUCUACUCUUAAUGAAGCCAAAGAAUCCGUUACAGCCACUGUUGAAUCCGUCGGUGCUUCUCUAACUGAUGCUCAAAAAAACGUUGCAGCCUCCACUGAAACUGCCAGAACCUCUCUAGCCGAUGCUCAGGAAACCGUUGCAGCCACAACUGAAACGGUCAAGAGCGAGGCCGAAGCUGCGCCAGGGAAAGCGUCUGAUGUGUCCACACAGGCAAGAGAUGUUUUGGGCAAUUAUAUGUCAAGAGGUAUAGAAGGAGCCAAAACUUUGAUUCAUGGUUUGGAAGAGAAGAAGACUGAAGUUUCCACCAAGCUUGUUGGAGCUUUUACCAAUGCUGUUGGUGGAGCAUCGAGCAGCACCACCGUGGCGAGCCGAGACCUUCCCAUAUCCACAGACAAUCAGCCUUUGUUAACUGGUGAGCGUGGGGUUGAUACAACGCCAUGGUGGAAAAACUGUUGUGGAGUUCUUGAUCUUCUCAAGACAUCUACUACAAAAUAAAAUGUCAAGCUGAUGAAGAAGAAGAACAGAGAGACAGCACUAGAAGAAAGAACCCACCUGUAAAAGCCUUUUGAUUAUUUAUUUCCUUCCUUUUUUAUUUUGGUUUGAUAUUGUGUCUAUCUGUCUUUGUUUUUAUUUUGUAUUUUGAUAUCUUGAUUGUUCCCAUGAACUUGUGUAAGAAGUAAGAACCAAUAAACCCAAAAACAAGUAAUUUCUUUUGUGAUUA